AUUGGAUUGCAUUUUGCACCAUCUGCACCGUUUUCUACUUCAGUUUGCUUUUCCCUGAAGCUAUAGCUGAGAGGAGUGUGCUUGCCAUUAGAAGUAGGAUUAAUAUUUUGUACCCACUAUGUAAAGCUGUACAGUUGGAUUUCUCCACCAGGCUAUCUCAUUGCAUACAGAGGAGUUAAGAGUUGAACCGCCCUUACCCCUUUUCCUGUGAUAUACGAGUGACACUGCAGUGUGGGGAAAAAAAAAACAGUGUAGCCGGAGAUGUAAAAUAACAAGAAGCUCUGCAGGGAAUCUUUUCUUUGGCUCCCCUCUGGUAACUGUUUUCUCCUUAUGGAGUUGUUCAUUGGUAUUUCCCAGUAAACGUCAGAAUGUUUAAAAGCUGCUUCACCUGACUGGCGUUCUUGCUUCAGCUUACUGCACUUGCCCUCUCCAAGCAGGGCGCGGCAGAAGCCGGGAUACCCCAAUCACACAAGGAUCGACACGCGCCUUGGAAUGGGUUGCUGUUGAAGCUCAAAUCACGUUCGCUCACUGUACCUGUCCGGAAUUUCAAGGUUUCUACUUCGGAUGCUGGUGUUACCGUAUAUCUUGACAAUUUAUUUCACCUCUGAAGCCACAGUUUGGAUGCAUUAGGACUGAACUCGGAUAGAAUAGCUCGCAUGAUGAAAGCUGAAGGCAGAGUGAUUGGAAUGCUAUUCCAUUAAGAGUAUUUCGAAGAUACUGUUGGAUUUUUUGGUGAGAAAGAGAGAAUUUGGACAGAUGUGCUUUCUUGUAUGGAUUAUUAAUAAACUAAUCUGAUACCACAUCUGCAGCCUACACAUGGGAGAAGCCUGGCCUUCCUUCAGGAAUACAGCUGAUCAAGCCUCCAGAGAGAGUUGUGCAUUACAUCAGUCACCCAAAAGGACCCAUACCGCAGCUUUCCUAAGUUUUUAGGGCCAUGGGGGUGCUAUUAUCAAAGCGGCAUUCUGUGGAACAAGUUCAAAAAGUCAGUAUCGCUGUGUCAGCCUUUAAAGAUGGUCUAAAGGACAAACAGGCCCCAAAAAGAAAGCCAGAAACUACAUGCUGUAAACCAGACAUAAACAGGGUAGAAGAAGAACAAGAAGAUGCUAUGACAUCCACACAACCACCUCGUGAAGAGGGUUCGGGAAAUCGUGCUGCCUGGGAAAGGCUGAGGGAUGGCAAAGGGGUAGAACCAGAGGAGUUCAAUCGUGCAAACAGGUUUACCCCUCCGGCAUUUGUUAGACCAACUCGAGGGCACACUGAUGAUGAGCCUGUAGACAUUCCGUUACAUGAAGGAGAUCAGAUAACAAAUGAUGAAAUGUGUGAAAUCUGCGAAGUGUGGACAGCAGAAGACCUCUAUCCAUGCAGAAUCUGUACAAGGGUUUUCCAUGACGGCUGCUUGCGACGUAUGGGAUAUCUGACCAAUGACAGUGCCUUAGAGGUUACUGAAACUGCACACACAGAGACAGGCUGGAGCUGCUAUUACUGUGACAAUGUCAAUUUACUGCUGACUGAAGAAGAGAUGUACAGCAUGAUGGAAACGUUCAAACAGUGCAAGAUCAUUCCAGAGUCGUAUCUGACAUCAGAUGAUUUCUUGCACUAUAAACACCAAGUGCACAAACAGCUGUUUGAGAAGCAGAUGAGUGAGGAGCAGGAGGAACAAGCCUUGCUGCAGUUCUCUGCCCUUGACCCUGACAAGAAGGGUCAGAUAGAGUGGAUGGAUUUCCUGUGCCACGAGUCACUGAUUGUACUAGAAAAGCUCAGAAGUCAGAAUUCCUUACAAAGGCUAAUCACAGCAAAGGAAGGGGAGAGAGCAAGGGCUGUAUUCUUAGCGCUGGAUCAAGACAAAGAUGGACUAAUCACAGCUACUGAAUGGAAGAAAGCACAGGCUAGCUGGUUUAGAAAACACCCAAAGGAGUCUCACUCCUGCAAUGUCAGCAUAAGCCAUGUGGGACCCAUGUCAGAAAGCAGCCCUGCAAGUAGUGGGAGCAGCAAAAGUCAGGAGAAAACACUUUUGGCAUCUGAUCCAGAGGAUAAUAGACAAGUUGACUGGAAAACCUUCCUGAAGGAUAGUGCCAUCUUUAUCAUAGCUGCACGUCCAAAUAGCUCAGGAACACACCUACGACUACCUGUAUAAGAGGCAAAGGACAGUGGCAACAAUAUGAAAGAAAAAGAGAAUCCUUCCUGUUCCCCCAUGAUGCAUGAAAACAAGGAAUACAAUCAAAAUGAUAAAAAUUUGCCAGGGCUUUUAAGGAGCAAAGACGCUGAACACUGGACUCCUUUUGUAUCUUUUUUUUUUUUUUACAAUUGUUGAGGAACAUACAUUAAAGAAGCAGUGUCCUUUCUCAGUUAUCUGUUUCAGUGUGUGGUAUAUGUCAGCUGUAAAUCCAAUGUAAUACAUACUUCAAGAGUUCCUUAACUUGAAGAAUGUUACCAGUACAAAAACAAAGUGAUACUAAAUUAUAGUGACAAAAUUACUGUAUUCCUAAAGGGGAAAAGUGUUCAUGAAGGACAGUAAGAUUGUAGGUGACAAAGCGUGAGGCACUUUAUAGACAUGUUAGCUCUUAGACGCUAUGACAACUAAAUACUCCGUCUCUGUAUAUGCUGCUAGUUGUUUUGCUGAAGGAGAUAACUGAAGUACUUUUAUUAUAAUGAGCUGUAUCUGUGUAGCCCUAUUGUGUUGUCACUAUUUAAACUGGCAGCAGAAAACCUCUCUAUGGGUAACGUUGAUGGUUCUUAAAAUGCAUUGUUUUGUUGGAUAAUGUUUGCAGAUAUGUUUUGCUAGUCAUUCAUUUCCUGGAUUGGCACAGUUUGUGCAAAAGUGCUUUUGUAUUUCUUAUGUGUAAAUCAUACCAGUCAGCAGUAGCAAAUUAAAUCUGAACAAGAUAAUCUAAAAUGGAGAGCAUGUCCGGUGAGGAAGAAGCUUAGAUGUUAUAUCAUAUUUAUUUAUAUAAGAUCAAACAUUAUCCAUGUUUAUAAACUGUGCAAUGCUUUAAAAUUAAGAUGCGAGAUCAUAUAAAACUGUGCUGCAUUUACAACAUAAUUAGUAUGGUUACCAUGACCCUGUCAGUUUUUCCAACUUUGAACUGUGCUGUUUCUGGCUGCAGACUCACUGGAGCAUUAUCUAUUUUUUGGCUAACAAUAAUUUAAUUAGGUUGUUUUAAUAUGUGGUAACUCUUUCUUAAAAUCUAGUAAAAUAAUUCAUAUAUAACUUUUUAGCACUCUGUUCCAUACAUCAUAAAAAAUAAAAAUAAUGUCUCCCUGC